AUUGCAGCCGAAUACCCGCAGCAUCACCCUCAUCCUCCGCCUCAUCCUCCACCUUUUGAUGCAUAUGGAGACAAUUAUGGUGCUAAAAGAAUGCGAAAGCUUGUCCAGCGACGAGCUGUUGACUAUACCAGUACUGCUGUCCGAUAUAUGCAGGUUCGCAUGUGGCAGCGUGAUGUAAGAGACAGGACUGUUUUGCAACCUACUUCAGCUGCAGUCUUAGAUAUGUUACCUCCAGUUGCAUAUGCUGACAAUCCAUCGACAAGCUUUGCUGCAAAAUUUGUCCAUGCUUCCACGAAUAAAAAUAAAUGUUCAAUCAAUCGUGUGUUGUGGACACCGACGGGGAGGCGUUUGAUUACUGGGUCUCAGAGUGGUGAAUUUACUCUUUGGAAUGGCCAGUCCUUUAAUUUUGAGAUGAUUCUCCAGGCACAUGAGCAACCAGUUAGGUCCAUGAUAUGGAGUCAUAAUGAGAAUUGGAUGGUCACUGGUGAUGAUGGUGGUUCAAUAAAGUAUUGGCAAAACAAUAUGAACAAUGUGAAGGCAAACAAGUCUGCUCACAAAGAAUCUGUUCGUGACUUGAGUUUCUCAAGAACAGAUUUGAAAUUUUGUUCUUGCUCUGAUGACACUACUGUUAAAGUUUGGGACUUUGCAAGGUGUCAAGAGGAAAGAUCGUUAACUGGCCAUGGUUGGGAUGUCAAGACUGUUGACUGGCACCCGACAAAGUCAUUACUGGUUUCAGGUGGAAAGGACAAUCUUGCUCUGGAUGCAAAAUCAGCCGGAAAGCAGCUAUGUUCAUUCCACGGGCAUAAAAACAUGGUUCUUUCUGUCAAAUGGAAUCAAAAUGGUAAUUGGGUUCUUACUGCUUCGAAGGAUCAAAUUAUAAAGCUGUACGACAUCAGAUCGAUGAAAGAGCUUGAGUCAUUUCGUGGACACCGAAAGGAUGUAACUGCUUUGGCUUGGCAUCCAUUUCAUGAAGAAUACUUUGUCAGCGGGAGUUAUGAUGGAUCGAUCUUUCAUUGGCUUGUCGGGCAGGAAACCCCACAGGUUGAAAUUCCUGGUGCACAUGAAAGUAGCGUCUGGGAUCUUGCUUGGCAUCCGGUUGGUUAUUUACUUUGCAGUGGUAGCAAUGAUCACACUACCAAGUUUUGGUGCAGAAACAGACCUGGAGAUACAGCUCGUGACAGAUACAGUGGUGGUUACAAUCAAGGUUAUGGAGACCAGAAUCUUCUCUCUGGUCGUAUGAUGAGUGGAUUCCCAGUACCAGAACCUCCACCAACUCCAGGACCUUUUGCUCCUGGAUUGUCUCGAAAUGAGGGAAAUAUUCCUGGAAUUGGAGUUGCCAUGCCAUUAUCUGCCCAAUCGCUGGAUGGUUCUGAUCAGGGAGAACAGAGGCCAGCUAUUCCGGGUCUUCUACCUCCUGGAGCACCUCCUCUUCCACCUGGACCUCAUCCGUCUCUUCUGGCAUCUGGACAGCAGCAAGCUUAUCAGCAAUACCAACCUCAGCAACAUCAACAGCAGCAGCAACCAUCUUCAUUUCCGCAACAAGUGGUCCAACUUCCUCUACCACCAUCAAAUAUGAACCAGAUGCAGCCUCCACCACAUUUACAGCUUCUUCCACAUCCUCAUAUGCCGCGCCCUCCUCCUGGUCAACCACCUCAAGUUCAGCAACUUGGCAUGCCUGGUUCCGUGCCUUCCUCAAUACCUGGAUCCAUGCCCAUGUCUAUGCAAAAUCCAAUGGCAAUGCAGGGUUCAUCAAAUCAAAUGAUAUCUCCAAUGCCACAAGGACAUGUGAUGGGUCUUAAUCAGAUGCAUUCAGGCCCUCCUUCCUCUAGUAACCUUCCACCUAAUGUUGCGGGGUUUCCAAAUAACUUGACAAAUAUUCAGGGUGCACCGGGUGCAGGUGGUGUACAAACUUUUCCUAUGGGCGGCAUGUUUAAUCGGCCGCCUCAAGGUGGGCAAAUGUCACAGAUUCCAGGAUUAAACACCUUCCAACCUGGAAUGAUGGAUGGGCGAGGUCCUGGGAUGGGACUCGGAGGUGCAAAUAUGGGGCUUCCACAACCGCCUCCACCGCCGCUACCGCAAGGUUCAGCACCACAACAAUGAGUUCGACAUCUUAAUGGAGAUAGAAUUUCAAACAUUCAUCAACGAGAAUCUAAGGAUGGAAAUAGCCUAGGUUGUUAAGGUUAGGAGAGAAGCUUUACAUGUUGCUGAGCUUUGUAAUGUUUCAGAAACCCAUUUGCUGCUGAUUUGUUUUGAUGAAAAUGUACAGCAGCAAUGUUGUUUGUUAUCUUCUUUUUAUGCUCUGGAGGUUUUAGUGAUACUUCCAAAAAAAAUUUAGUACAUUUUGUUGCUGUUCUUGUGUGCUGUUUGUUAAAUAAGGUAGAUUGUUUAACAGAACAUCAAAUUUGUUACUGUCGGUGGUAUGCCAUGUUGCUUUAUGAUA